UCCCGGGCUUGGGCGAUGGAGAGGCGGCAUCUCUGCGGGGAGGAGAGGCGGCUGAGCGCCUGCCUGGUGUGCCGGAUGUGCUGCAUCGAUGAACGGGACAGAGUCCAAAAGAAAACCUUCACGAAAUGGGUCAAUAAACACUUGAUGAAGGUGCGCAAGCACAUCAACGACCUCUACGAAGACUUGCGAGAUGGCCACAACCUCAUCUCCCUCCUGGAGGUGCUGUCGGGAGUGAAGCUGCCACGUGAGAAGGGGCGGAUGCGUUUCCACCGGCUGCAGAACGUGCAGAUCGCCCUGGAUUUCCUGAAGCAGCGACAGGUGAAACUGGUGAACAUUCGCAACGAUGACAUUACGGACGGCAACCCCAAGCUCACCCUGGGGCUCAUAUGGACGAUCAUCCUCCACUUCCAGAUCUCCGACAUCUACAUCAGCGGGGAGUCGGGGGAUAUGUCGGCCAAGGAGAAGCUGCUUCUGUGGACACAGAAGGUGACAGCGGGUUACAUCGGCGUGAAGUGCACCAACUUCUCAUCAUGCUGGAGCGAUGGGAAGAUGUUCAACGCACUCAUCCACAGAUACAGGCCAGAUCUGGUGGACAUGGAGAGGGUGCAGAUCCAGAGUAACCGGGAGAACCUGGAGCAGGCCUUUGAGAUUGCCGAGCGGCUGGGAGUCACGCGGCUGCUGGACGCCGAAGAUGUGGACGUCCCCUCUCCGGAUGAGAAAUCCGUGAUAACUUAUGUGUCUUCAAUCUACGAUGCCUUUCCCAAAGUCCCUGAGGGAGGAGAAGGGAUCAGUGCUAUCGAGGUGGAUUCGAGGUGGCUGGAGUACCAGAGCCGCGUGGAGUCCCUCAUCUCAUGGAUCAAGCAGCACACGAUACUCAUGUCUGACAAAUCCUUCCCCCAGAACCCUGUAGAGCUAAAGGCACUUUAUAACCAGUACAUACACUUCAAAGAAACUGAAAUCCCAGCGAAAGAGCAGGAAAAAGGAAGGAUAGAGGAGCUCUACAAACUAUUAGAGGUGUGGAUUGAGUUUGGACGCAUCAAGUUGGCCCAGGGGUACCACCCCAACGACGUGGAGGAGGAGUGGGGCAAGCUCAUCAUUGAGAUGCUGGAGCGCGAGAAGCUCCUGCGGCCAGCGGUGGAGAGACUGGAACUGCUGCUACAAAUCGCUAACAAAAUCCAGAAUGGUGCUCUGAGCUGCGAAGAAAAACUCACUCUUGCAAAGAACACGCUGCAAGCUGACGCUGCUCACCUGGAGUCGGGCCAGCCGGUGCAGUACGAAUCCGACGUCGUCGUGUAUCUGCAGGAGUGCGAGGGGCUCAUCCGCCAGCUACAGGUGGAUGUGCAGAUCCUUCGGGAUGAGAAUUACUACCAGCUGGAGGAGCUGGUGUUCAGGAUCAUGCGGCUGCAAGACGAGCUGGUGACACUGAGGCUGGAAUGCACCAACCUGUACAGGAAAGGCCACUUCUCCACCCUGGAGCUGGUGCCCACUUCCACGCUGAGCACGACGCACUUGAAGGGCGAGUCCCUGACGAAAGGGCUGCACACCUCCUCUGCCUCCUGGUUCCGGAAGCCCAUGACCAGGACAGAGCUGGUGGCCAUCUCUUCUUCCGAAGACGAAGGCAGCCUCCGGUUCGUGUACGAGCUGCUGGCAUGGGUGGAGGAAAUGCAGAUGAGACUGGAGCGGGCAGAGUGGGGGAGCGACCUGCCGAGCGUGGAAACCCAGCUGGAGACCCAGCGGCACAUCCACACCAGCGUGGAGGACCUGGGCUCCAGCGUAAAGGAGGCGCGGAUGUAUGAGGGUAAAAUGUCUCAGAAUUUCCGUGCUAGCUACACGGAGACGCUUGGCAAGCUGGAGACGCAGUACUGCAAGCUGAUGGAAACCUCAAGCUUCCGGCUGAGGCACCUCCAGAGCCUGCACGGGUUUGUGUCUCGGGCCACCGCCGAGCUGAUUUGGCUGAAUGAGAAGGAGGAGGAGGAACUGGCCUACGACUGGAGCGACAACAACCCUAACAUCGCAGCCAAGAAAAGCUAUUUCUUGGAGCUGACAACGGAGCUGGAAGAGAAGCAGGACAUCUUCCGCUCCCUCCAAGACACAGCUGAGCUGCUGUCCCUGGAAAACCACCCAGCCAAGCAAACCGUAGAGGCCUACAGUGCUGCCGUGCAGACGCAGUGGCAGUGGAUUAAGCAGCUCUGCCUGUGUGUAGAACAGCACGUGAAGGAGAACGCUGCCUAUUUCCAGUUUUUCAGCGAUGCCCGUGAGUCGGAGACCUACCUGCGCACCCUGCAGGACUCCAUCAAAAGGAAGUAUUCUUGUGACCAUAACACAAGCCUGACGCGGCUGGAGGACCUGCUGCAGGACUCCAUGGAUGAGAAGGAGCAGCUCAUUCAGUCAAAGAGCUCCGUCGCCAGCCUGGUGGGACGGUCCAAAACCAUCGUUCAGCUCCGACCCAGGAACCCGGAGCACCUUGUGAAGAGCACGAUCCCUAUCAAGGCUGUUUGUGACUAUCGGCAGAUCGAGAUCACCAUCUGCAGGAACGACGAGUGUGUGCUGGAGGACAAUUCCCAGAGGACCAAGUGGAAGGUGAUCAGUCCCACGGGGAACGAGGCCAUGGUGCCCUCUGUCUGCUUCCUGAUCCCCCCUCCCAACAAAGAGGCCAUCGAGAUGGCCAACAGGGUAGAACAGUUGUACCAGAAAGUGAUGGCGCUCUGGCACCAGCUCCACAUGAACACAAAGAGCCUCAUCUCCUGGAAUUAUCUGCGGAAGGACAUAGCCCUGGUGCAAAGCUUCAGCAUGGAAAAGCUCAGAUCCUUAGCACAAGGGGAGUGCCAGCAAGCCAUGAAGAGCCUCCAGGCGCACUAUGAGGACUUUCUGCAGGACAGCCGGGACUCAGAGCUCUUCUCAGUGUCGGACCGGCUGCGCCUGGAGGAGGAAGUGGAAUCUUCCAAGGAACACAUCCGGCAGCUGCUGGAGUCCAUGGAGAACGAAGACAAGGAUGAGACCGUUGCCAGGACGUAUCUCUCGGAGCUGAAGAAUAUCCGUCUGCGCCUGGAGGAGUGUGAGCAGAGGCUCGUGAGCCGAAUCCAGUCCCCAAGCAGCGCCCGAGCAGAUGGUGAUACUAUCCAGGAAAACACCAUCCGCAUUGCGGAGCAGGAGCGCAUGCAGGAGGAUCUGCAGCGGCUGCAGUCAGACCUGCGGUUCGUUUCUGAGAGAUGCUACAGCUUCCUCGACAAGGCGCCCGCAGGGUCCAGCACGCCCCACUUGCGUUCGGAACUUGACUUGGUGGUGAACAAGAUGGACCAGAUGUAUGGGCUGUCUUCCAUCUACCUGGACAAGUUGAAGACCGUUGAUGUUAUUAUUCGGAACACCCAAGGAGCAGAGUCUCUGGUCAAAGGGUACGAGGUUAAGCUGAGCCAAGAGGAGGCAGUCCCCGCCGACCUGGCAGCUAUUCAGUCUCACAGAGCGGCGUUGCAGCAAUGGCUCGGGGAAGUGAAGGACAAGAGCUCUGUCUUCUCCACGUUGGAGGAGGAGAUGGCGAAGGCAAAGGCAGUGGGAGAGCAGCUCUACCAGCGGAGACAAGAGCGCAGCAUCGACCUCGAGCGCUAUCAGGAGAAGGGAAGCCAGCUGUGGGACCGCUGGCAGCGAGCCUGCGCCCAGAUUGAGACCCGCCACGCAGAGCUGGAGAGCAUCCAGGAGGUGCUGAGUGAUUACCGGCAGUGCCAUGGUGCCCUAAUCCAGUGGAUCGAGGAGAUCACGGUCCAGCAGGAGCUGAUGAAGCCCGGGCAGGCGGAGGACAGCCGGGUGCUGUCGGAGCAGCUGAGCCAGCAAACGGCUUUGGCUGCGGAAAUUGAGAAGAAUCAAGCCAAGCUGGACCAGUGUCAGAAAUUCUCCCAGCAAUACUCAGCUGCUGUCAAGGACUACGAGCUGCAGCUCAUGACGUACAGGGCGUUCGUCGAGUCGCAGCAGAAGUCUCCCAUGAAACGCCGGCGCAUGCUCUCGUCCUCGGACGCCAUCACGCAGGAGUUCAUGGAUUUGCGGACUCGCUAUACAGCUCUGGUAACGUUAACCACGCAGCACGUGAAGUACAUCAGCGACGCUCUCCGGCGGCUGGAGGAGGAGGAGAAAGUAGUGGAGGAGGAGAAGCAGGAGCAUGUGGACAAGGUGAAGGAGCUCCUGGGCUGGGCCCUGGGCUUGAAACAGAGCGUGCAGGGCAGGACGGCUGGUACCGGGAGCAGAGAGCUGGGCGAGAUCGAGAAGUCCAUCUCAGAGCAGCAGGCCCUGAACGAGGAGCUGGCUGCAAAGAAGGAGCAGGUCUCUGAGGCCAUCAAAACUUCACAAAUCUUCCUGGCAAAACACAGCCACAAGCUUUCCCAUCCGGAGAAGGAACAGAUUUCUGCUCAGAUCGGUGCCCUCAAGGAGACCUACCAGGCGCUCUGCAGCGAUUCCACGGAGCAGCUCCAGCAGCUCCAGAGCCAGCUGGCUCAGGAGACAGAGCACAAGACGCUGCAGGAGCAGCAGGCAGCCCGGGCGCAGAGCCUGGCUGAGCUGAGCCGCUGGCUGCACCAAGCCGAGGGCACGCCUGAGCUGCAGAGGAACAUGCACACCCGAGCCGCCUCCUUCGCCAGCAUCCUGAAAAGCACCGAGGAGUUUUUGGAGGAGAACAAGGCAAAGAUGGAGCCCGGGGAGCUGGCAGCACUGCAGGAGAAGCUCCAGCGUGCCAAGGAGCAGUACCGGUCCCUGCAGGAGAGGACAGAAGUGGCCCAGAAGGAGCUGGAGAGCGCUGUGACUGCUGCAGUGCAGCAGGAGACCGAGAAGGCAGAGCAGCAGAGAGCAGCCAGCGAAGGGGACCUGUCCGCCUUGCAGCAGAGGCAAAGUGAUGUUAAGGAGCUGCAGAGGAACAUGCACACCCGAGCCGCCUCCUUCGCCAGCAUCCUGAAAAGCACCGAGGAGUUUUUGGAGGAGAACAAGGCAAAGAUGGAGCCCGGGGAGCUGGCAGCACUGCAGGAGAAGCUCCAGCGUGCCAAGGAGCAGUACCGGUCCCUGCAGGAGAGGACAGAAGUAGCCCAGAAGGAGCUGGAGAGCGCUGUGACUGCUGCAGUGCAGCAGGAGACCGAGAAGGUGAAAGCUGCCAAAGAGCUGGAGGAGAACAGCAAUAAGAUCGAUUCCCUUUUGAACUGGGUGGCAUCGCUGGAGCAGAAGGGAGGGCUCCUGGAGUACAGACCGCACCCCAUCGAGCAAGCACCAGGGGUGCGAGCGGGGACGGGCACUCAGGACGUCCCCGAUGGCCACGUGGUGGGAGCAGACAGCGCUGCCGAGAGCCUGGAUGAGCAGUAUGAGAGGCUGAAGGCCCAGCACCAGGAGCUGCUGUCCCAGCAGCAGGACGUCAUCCUGGCCACGCAGUCGGCGCAGGCUUUCCUGGACAAGCAUGGCCACAGCCUGGCUGGGCAGGAGCGGGACCGGCUCCAGGGCCGGCUGGCAGAGCUGAAGGACCAGUACGCAGCUUCCCUCUCGCAGUCGGAAACGCGGCUGAAGCAAGUGCAAGUCCUGCGGGACGAGCUGCAAAAGUUCUUGCGGGAUCAUGGGGAGUUUGAGGCUUGGCUGAAGCAAGCGGAGCAGGAUCUGGAGGGGAUGUACAAGGGGGACAGUGACCCCACGGCCCUCCGGCAGCUGCUCCUGCGGCAGGGGAGCUUCUCAGAAGAUGUGAUCUCCCACAAAGGCGACCUGAGGUUUGUUACCAUGUCGGGGCAGAAGGUGCUGGACGCGGAGGGAGCUGCUGGGGAUGCAGGGUCCCAGCCCCUGAUGUCUGGGAGCGUGGUCAAGAGCAAGCUGGAGGAUGCAACGCAGCGAUACACCACGCUACACUCCAAGUGCACCAAGCUGGGCUCCCACCUGAACACCUUGCUGGAUCACUACCAGCAGUUCCAGGAGGUGGCGGAGUCUCUCAGGACUUGGCUGCAGGAGAGUGAAGCUGCCGUUGGGAAACUGCUUUCGGAGACAGUUUCUUCAGAUCCAGCCGUUCUGCAAAAGCAGCUCACCAGUGCUAAGCAGCUGCAGGGAGACCUCGCUGAGCAUCAGGUGCCGGUGGAGAAGCUCCAGAAAGCGGCUCGGUCCCUGCUGGAGGGUCCAGGGGAGCCAGCCCCGGACCACGGGGGCAUUCAGGAUACAACAGAUGCCAUCAUGAGCCGCUUCCAGAGCCUCUCCCAGCAGAUGGCCGAGCGCUCGGACCUGCUGCAGAAAUCCAUCGCCCAGUCCCAGAGCGUCCAGGAGAGCCUGGAGAGCCUCCUCCAGUCGGUGGCUGAGAUCGAGAAGAACCUGGAAGGAAACCAGCCAGCCAUGCUCUCCUCCUCCUCCAUCCAGGACUCGCUUGCCACGAGCACGAAGCUGAAGCAGGACAUCGCCAGGCAGAAGAGCUGCCUGGAAGCCACCCGGGAGAUGGUGACACGGUUCAUGGAGGCAGCAGACAGCCCCACAGCCUCUGCCCUGCAGGGCAAGCUGGCGGAGGUGACGGAGCAUUUCGGCAGGCUGUGCCAGCGGCAGCAGGAGAGGGAGGCCGCGCUGAAGGGCCUCCUCCCCAAGGUCGAGCAGUAUGAGCAGCUCGCGGAGAAGCUGCAGCAGUUCACGGAGAGCAGAGCACGGAUGUUGGCAGCUGGGAACCAGCCAGACCGCGACAUCGCUCGCUUCUCCCAGCACAUCCAGGAGCUGAAUUCAGAGAUGAGGCAGCACCAGGAGGACCUGGCCACCCUGGAGCACCUGGCUGCAGAGCUGGGCUCCUGCGGCUUCGCCCCCGGCACCUCCCAGCAGCAGGAGAAGCUGCAGAGCCUGAAGAAAGACUUUCUGCAGCUGCAGAAGGUGGCAAAAGAGAGAGAAAAGGAUGCAUCGUCCUGCCAGGAGCAACUGGAUGAAUUUCGGAAGCUGGUCGGGGCCAUGAGGAAGUGGCUGAGGGAGAGCGAAGGCAAAAUGCCGCCUGCCGAGACCUCUCUGGGCACCCAGGAGCUGCACAAAUGCCGGCAGCAGAUCCAGGAUCUCCUGGAGGAGUGGAAGGGGAAGGGGGCCCAGGUGGAGGAGAUCGGCUGCAGAGGGACCCUCCUGGAGAACCUGAUUGUGGAGAUUACGGCCCCCGACACCCCGUCCAAGGCAGGUGCCGCGCUGCCCGCUCCGGGAGGGUCAGUAGGCAGCGUGAACGGAUACCACACGUGCAAAGAUCUGACCGAGAUCCAGUGCGAUGUGGCGGACGUGACCCAGCAGUACCAGGCCCUCGGCGCGGCGCUGCAGGAACGCCAGCAGCAGCUCUCGGUGAUGCUGGAGAAGAUGCAAGAAGUGCAGGAGGAGGCAAGCUCCAUGCUGAAGUGGCUGGAGUCGAAGGAACGAACGCUGUCGGAGCUGGACGCCUCCUCCUCGCCCACCAAGACGGAGACGAUGAGAGCCCAGGCUGAGCACAACAAGGCAUUUCUGGCUGAAUUGGAACAGAAUUCAGGGAAGAUCCAGAAGGUAAAGGAAGCACUUUCGGGCUUGCUGGAGAAAUAUCCAGAUUCUCCAGAAGCAGCAAACUGGAAGAAGAUGCAGGAGGACCUGAAUUGCAGGUGGGAAAGAGCCAGCCAGGCGACGGCCGAGCGGCAGCAGAAGCUGGAGGAGUCGGCAAACCAGCUGGCCAGCUUCCAGGCUGCCGAAGCCCAGCUGCGCCCCUGGCUCAUGGAGAAGGAGCUGAUGAUGAGCGUGCUGGGACCCCUCUCCAUCGACCCCAACAUGCUGAAUGCGCAGAAGCAGCAGGUCCAGUUUAUGCUGAAGGAAUUUGAAGCACGCAGACAGCAGCAUGAGCAGCUCAACCAGGCAGCUCAGAGCAUCUUGACUCGCCCCGGCGAUGUUUCUCCAUCCACUAACCAGGUGCGAGAAGAGCUCCAAGGGGUUAAUCAGAAAUGGUCCGAGCUAACGGAACGCCUCAACUCCCGCUCCAGCCAAAUUGACCAAGCCAUAGUGAAGAGCACCCAGUACCAGGAGCUCCUCCAGGGCCUCUCUGAGAAGGUGAAGGCAGUUGGGCAGCGCCUAAGCAGCCAGUCGGCCGUCAGCACACAGCCCGAUGCCGUGAAACAGCAGCUGGAGGAAACCAGUGAGAUCCGCUCGGACCUGGAGCAGCUGGAAGAGGAGAUCGCAGAGGCUCAGACCCUCUGUGAUGACCUCUCUGUCCUCAUUGGGGAGCAGUAUCUCAAAGACGAGUUAAGGAAACGUCUGGAGACGGUGGCGCUUCCUCUCAAAGGGCUGGAAGACCUGGCAGCCGACCGGAUGAACCGACUGCAGACUGCGCUUGCAAGUUCCCAGCAGUUCCAGCAUAUGUUUGAUGAACUCAGGACCUGGCUAGAUGACAAACUGUGCCAGCAAGCUCAGAGCCAACCUAUUUCUGCUAAACUGGAGAGGCUACAGAGCCAAAUUCAGGAACAAGAAGAGUUCCAGAAGAGCCUCAACCAACACAGUGGCUCCUACGAGAUGAUUGUAGCCGAGGGAGAAUCUUUGCUGCUUUCUGUCCAGCCUGGGGAGGAGAAGACCACUCUGCAAAACCAGUUGGUCAGCCUCAAAACACACUGGGAAGAACUCAGCAAACAGGCUGCUGAUAGACACUCAAAGCUCAAGGACUGUUUGCAGAAAGCUCAGAAGUACCAACGGCACACAGAGGACCUCCUGCCUUGGGUGGAGGACUGCAAGGCAAAGAUGUCUGAGCUGGAAGUAACUCUGGAUCCUGUGCAGCUGGAGGCGACUCUUCUGAGAUCAAAGGCUAUGCUGAGUGACGUGGAGAAGCGUCGCUCCUUGCUGGAGAUGCUGAACAGCGCUGCCGACAUCUUGAUUGAUGCUUCUCAAACCGAUGAGGAUGACAUUCGGGAUGAGAAGGCUGGGAUCAAUCAGAAGAUGGAUGCCAUCACAGAAGAGCUGCAAGCCAAGACGGGCUCCAUCGAAGAAAUGUCACAGAGGCUCAAGGAGUUUCAAGAGAGCUUCAAGAACAUUGAGAAGAAGCUGGAAGGGGCGAAGCACCAGCUGGAGAUCUAUGAUGCACUAGGGCCACAAGCCUGCAGCAACAAGAAUUUGGAGAAGCUCAGGGCACAGCAGGAGGUGCUGCAGGCCCUGGAGCCACAAGUGGAUUAUCUGAAAAACUUCACUCAAGGUCUAGUAGAAGAUGCCCCAGAUGGGUCUGACUGUUCCCAGCUCUUAAGCCAAGCUGAGGUGGCUCAGCAGGACUUCAAAGCUGUGAAGCAGAAAGUAAAUGACUGCUGCACGCUCAUGGAAAACAAGCUUGAAGGGAUCGGCCAAUUCAAUAAUCGGGUGAGGGAGAUGUUCUCUCAACUGGCAGAUCUCGAUGAUGAGUUAGACAGCAUGGGCCCCAUCGGGAGAGACUCUGACAGCCUUCAGUCCCAAGCAGAGGACGUUCGCACAUUCCUGGGCAAACUCCACAGGCUGAAGUCUGACAUUGAAGCUUCUGAAAGUGAAUGUAAGAAGAUGCUGGAGGAUGAAGGGAGCCCCGAUUUAUUAGGACUGAAACGUGAAUUGGAGACACUGAAUAAACAGUGCAGCAAACUGACCGAGAGAGGCAAGAACCGUCAGGAGCAGGUAGAAACGACACUGUCUCGUGUCGAGGACUUUUACAACAGGCUGAAGGAGCUGACCCACAUGACAACCGCGGCGGAGGAGAACGAGGCAUUGCAGUGGGUGGUGGGAACAGAGGUGGACACCAUCAACCAGCAGUUGGCAGACUUCAAGCUGUUCCAGAAGGAGCAAGUGGAUCCUCUCCAGCUAAAACUACAGCAAGUCAAUGGAGUUGGUCAAGGACUCAUCCAAAGCGCCGGGAAAAACUGUGACGUCCAAGGGCUGGAGCAUGACAUGGAAGAAAUCAACACCCGCUGGAACACCCUCAACAAGAAGGUGGCCCAAAGAGUUGCUCAGCUGCAAGAGGCCCUGUUGCACUGCGGGAAGUUCCAGGAUGCCCUGGAGCCGUUGCUGAGCUGGCUGGCGGACACCGAGGAGCUCAUCUCCAACCAGAAACCUCCCUCUGCGGAGUACAAGGUGGUGAAAGCCCAGAUCCAGGAGCAGAAGCUGCUCCAGCGACUCCUGGACGAUCGCAAAGCCACCGUUGAGAUGAUCCAAGCGGAGGGAGGGAGGAUCGCGCAGUCGGCUGAGCCUGCGGAUCGGGAGAAGAUCGUCGGCCAGCUGGAGAGCCUGGAGCGCCGCUGGGCAGGGCUGCUGGGCCGGGCGGCCGGCAGGCAGAAGCAGCUGGAGGACAUCUUGGUCCUGGCAAAGCAGUUCCACGAAACCACGGAGCCCGUGUCGGACUGGCUGUCGGUGACGGAGAAGAAACUGGCCAACUCGGAGCCCAUCGGUACCCAGACUGCCAAAAUCCAGCAGCAGAUCAGUCGGCACAAGGCUCUAGAGGAAGAGAUAGAGAGCCACGCGGCCAACGUGUCUCAGGCGGUCGGUGUCGGGCAGUCCCUCUCCUCCCUGAGCUGUGCCGCUGAGCGGAGGCUGCUGGCAGAGAAGCUUGACUCUCUGCAGACCCGCUACGGCGAGGUCCACAACCGGUGCUGCCGGAAGGCAGCGCUGCUGGAUCAGGCGCUGGCUAACGCCAGGCUCUUUGGGGAGGAGGAGGUGGAAGUGCUCAACUGGCUGGCUGAGGUUGAGGACAAGCUCGGCUCGGUAUCCGUAAAGGAUUACAAACAGGACGUCCUGCAGAAGCAGCAUGCCGACCAGCUGGCUUUGAAUGAGGAAAUUGUGAACAGGAAGAAGAAUGUGGACCAAGCCAUCAGAAACGGGCAAGCUCUUCUGAAGCAAACCACAGGGGAGGAGGUGUUGCUGAUCCAGGAGAAGCUGGAUGGAAUUAAGACCCGCUAUUCGGACAUCACCGCUGCCAGCUCCAAGGCGCUGCGCACACUGGAGCAGGCUCGGCAGUUGGCCACCAAGUUCCAGUCCACACACGAGGAGCUCACCGGCUGGAUGAGCAAAGUGGAGGACGAGCUGGCUUCCAGCGGGGGACAGUCCCCCGCUGGCGAGCAGAUACCCCAGUUCCAGCAGAGGCAAAAGGAGCUGAAGAAGGAGGUGAUGGAGCACCGGCUCAUCCUGGACACGGUGAACGAGGUGAGCCGAGCUCUCUUGGAGCUGGUUCCCUGGCGAGCCCGCGAGGGGCUGGAUAAACUCGUGUCGGACACCAAUGAGCGCUACAAGCUGGUCAGUGACACCGUCAAGCAGAGGGUGGAAGAAAUCGAUGCUGCUAUUCAGAGGUCUCAACAGGCUUUUUCCAUCGACAUUAUUCGGCACAAAGACUCUAUGGAUGAACUGUUCAGCCAGCGCAACGAGAUCUUCGGGACGUGUGGGGAGGAACAAAAAGCUGUUCUCCAGGAGAAAACCGAAUCCCUGGUGCAACAGUAUGAAGCCGUGAGCCAGCUCAACUCGGAACGCUAUGCUCGCUUGGAGCGCGCCCAGGUCCUGGUCAACCAGUUCUGGGAGACCUACGAGGAGCUGAACCCCUGGAUCGAGGAGACGCAAGCCCUCAUCUCCCAGCUGCCCCCUCCGGCCAUCGAUCACGAGCAGCUCAAGCAGCAGCAGGAGGACAUGAGGCAACUGAGAGAGUCCAUUGCUGAACAUAAGCCUCAUAUUGACAAGCUGCUGAAAAUUGGGCCGCAGCUCAAGGACCUCAACCCUGAGGAAGGGGAGAUGGUGCAGAAAAAAUACUCUACAGCUGAGGCCAUGUAUGCCAAAAUCAAGGAGGAGGUGUGCCAGCGGGCUCUUGCGCUCGACGAAGCUGUCUCACAGUCUACCCAGAUUACGGAGUUCCACGAUAAAAUUGAGCCCAUGCUGGAGACGCUGGAGACCCUCUCCUCCCGCCUGCGCAUGCCGCCCCUCAUCCCCGCCGAGGUCGAUAAGAUCCGGGAGUGCAUCAGCGAGAACAAAAACGCCACCGUGGAGCUGGAGAAGCUGCAGCCCUCUUUUGAGGCCCUGAAACGCCGUGGGGAAGAGCUGAUCGGCCGAUCGCAGGGAACGGACAAGGACCUGGCAGCAAAAGUAAUCCAGGAUAAGUUGGAUCAGAUGGUCUUCUUCUGGGAAGACAUCAAAGCUCGGGCAGAGGAACGUGAAAUGAAGUUCCUUGAUGUCCUGGAGCUUGCAGAGAAGUUCUGGUACGACAUGGCAGCCCUCCUGACUACCAUCAAAGACACGCAGGAGAUUGUUCAUGACCUGGAGAGCCCCGGCAUUGACCCCUCCAUCAUCAAGCAGCAGGUGGAAGCAGCAGAGACUAUUAAAGAGGAGACGGAUGGCUUGCAUGAAGAGCUGGAGUUCAUCCGACUCCUUGGAACUGAUUUGAUUUUUGCCUGUGGCGAAACUGAGAAACCAGAAGUGAAGAAGAGCAUUGAUGAGAUGAACAACGCGUGGGAAAAUCUAAACAAAACGUGGAAAGAGAGGCUGGAAAAGCUGGAAGAAGCCAUGCAGUCGGCUGUGCAAUACCAAGAUACACUUCAAGCCAUGUUUGACUGGCUGGAUAACGCCGUGAUCAAACUCUGCAACAUGUCUCCUGUCGGCACUGACCUCAGCACGGUUAAGGAGCAAAUGAAUGAGAUGAAGGAGUUUAAAAUGGAGGUUUACCAGCAGCAGAUUGAGAUGGAAAAGCUUAAUCACCAAGGUGAACUGAUGCUAAAAAAAGCUACAGAUGAGACAGACAGAGACAUCAUAAAGGAACCACUGACGGAGCUGAAACAUCUCUGGGAGAAUUUGGGCGAGAAAAUUGCUCACAGACAGCAUAAGUUAGAAGCCGCUCUCCUGGCACUCGGCCAGUUCCAGCACGCAUUGGCGGAGCUGAUGGCCUGGCUGACCCACACCGAGGAGCUACUCGACGCACAAAAACCCAUCAACGGAGACCCAAAAAUCAUCGAGGUUGAACUCGCAAAGCACCACGUGCUGAAGAACGAUGUCCUGGCCCACCAAGCGACCGUGGAGACCGUGAACAAAGCGGGCAACGAGCUGCUGGAGUCGAGCGCAGGGGACGAUGCGAGCAGCCUGCGGAACCGCCUGGAGAAGCUGAACUCGUGCUGGGAGUCGGUGCUGCAGAAGACGGAGGAGAGGGAGCAGCAGCUGCAGUCCACGCUCCAGCAGGCCCAGGGUUUCCAUGGUGAGAUUGAAGACUUCCUCCUGUGGCUAACGAGGAUGGAGAGCCAAUUGUCGGCAUCAAAACCCACAGGAGGUCUGCCAGAAACGGCCCGGGAACAACUCAAUGCCCACAUGGAGCUGUACGGCCAGCUCAAGGCCAAGGAGGACGUCUACAGUCAGCUUCUGGCCAAGGGGCGACUGAGGCUGCUGGACCGCGACGGCUCGGGCUCCGGCUCAAAGACAGAGCAAAGCGUUGCGCUGCUGGAGCAGAAAUGGUGUCUGGUCAGCACCAAGAUGGAGGAGAGAAAGGCAAAGCUGGAGGAGGCGCUGGCCCUGGCCACCGACUUCCAGAACUCCCUCCAGGACUUCAUCAACUGGCUCACGCUGGCUGAGCAGAGCCUGAACAUCGCACCCCCGGCCAGCCUCAUCCUCAAUGCCGUGCUGGCCCAGAUUGAUGAGCACAAGGUGUUUGCCAACGAGGUGAACGCUCACCGGGAUCGGAUCAUUGAGCUGGAUCAAACCGGGAACCAGCUGAAGUUUCUCAGCCAAAAGCAGGAUGUGGUGUUGAUCAAGAACCUGCUGGUGAGCGUCCAGUCCCGCUGGGAGAAGGUUGUCCAGCGCUCGGUGGAGCGGGGACGGGCUCUUGAUGAUGCCAGGAAGCGAGCCAAGCAGUUCCAUGAAGCUUGGAAGAAACUGAUUGAUUGGCUGGAGGAUGCGGAGAAUCACCUGGACUCGGAGCUGGAGAUUUCCAACGAUCCCGACAAAAUUAAGCUCCAGCUCUCCAAACACAAGGAGUUCCAGAAGACGCUUGGGGGGAAGCAGCCCGUCUACGACACCACCAUCAGGACGGGCAGGGCCCUCAAAGAAAAAGCCUUGCUUCCAGAUGACACUCAAAAGCUGGACAAUUUACUGGGAGAAGUCCGGGAUAAGUGGGACACGGUGUGUGGCAAAUCUGUGGAAAGGCAGCACAAGCUGGAAGAAGCCCUCUUGUUCUCUGGCCAGUUCAUGGAUGCGCUGCAGGCCUUGGUGGACUGGCUCUACAAGGUGGAACCCCAGUUAGCUGAAGACCAGCCUGUCCAUGGUGACCUGGAUCUGGUCAUGAACCUGAUGGAUGCUCACAAGGUCUUCCAGAAGGAGCUGGGAAAGCGCACGGGGACAGUCCAGGUGCUCAAGCGCUCUGGCCGGGAGCUCAUUGAGAACAGCCGGGACGACACAACCUGGGUGAAGGUGCAGCUCCAGGAGCUGAGCAACCGGUGGGACACGGUGUGCAAGCUGUCCGUCUCCAAACAAACCCGCCUGGAGCAGGCCUUGAAGCAGGCGGAGGAGUUCUGACGCACACAAGGUAGCAGGGAGCUCGGAAGCUCAACCCAAGCAAAAUGUACGGCGAGGGGGGGGAGGGAGAAUAUUGCAAAAUCGUUCAUUUGGGCCUUUCAGGAGUUCAUGAAGAAAGUGGAGGAGAAGAGAGCGGACGUGAACGCGGCGGUGGGCAUGGGGGAGCUCAUCCUGGCCGCCUGCCAUCCCGACUGCAUCACCACAAUCAAACACUGGAUCACCAUCAUCCGAGCCAGGUUCGAGGAGGUUCUCACGUGGGCGAAGCAGCACCAGCAGAGAUUGGAGUCUGCGCUUUCCGAGCUGGUGGCGAACGCAGAGCUUCUGGAAGAGCUCCUGGCUUGGAUCCAGUGGGCUGAGACAACCCUGAUCCAGCGGGACCAGGAGCCCAUGCCACAAAAUAUUGAUCAGGUCAAAGUCCUCAUCUCUGAACACCAGUCCUUUAUGGAGGAGAUGACACGGAAACAGCCAGACGUGGACCGGGUCACGAAGACGUACAAGAGGAAAGCUACUGAGCCCCCCCACGGGCCUUUCAUCGAGAAGUCCCGCAGCAACAGAAAGUCCUUGAGUCAGGCCGCUCCCCCCAGCAUGCCCAUUAUCACCCAGUCGGAAACGAAGAACCCCCGGAUAAACCAGCUCUCGGCGCGCUGGCAGCAGGUCUGGCUGCUGGCGCUGGAGCGGCAGCGGAAGCUCAACGAUGCCCUGGACAGACUGGAGGAGUUGAAGGAGUUUGCAAACUUUGACUUCGACGUCUGGCGGAAGAAGUAUAUGCGCUGGAUGAACCACAAGAAAUCCCGCGUCAUGGACUUCUUCCGGCGCAUUGACAAAGACCAGGAUGGGAAGAUCACCCGGCAGGAGUUUAUCGAUGGCAUCCUGGCCUCUAAAUUCCCCACCACGAAGCUGGAGAUGACCGCGGUGGCCGAUAUCUUUGACCGUGACGGCGACGGCUACAUCGAUUACUAUGAGUUUGUGGCUGCUCUCCAUCCCAACAAGGAUGCCUACCGCCCCACCACUGAUGCCGACAAGAUCGAAGAUGAGGUCACCAGGCAAGUGGCCCAGUGCAAGUGUGCCAAGAGAUUUCAAGUGGAGCAGAUCGGCGAGAACAAAUACCGGUUCGGCGAUUCCCAGCAGCUGCGGCUGGUCCGUAUCCUGCGGAGCACGGUCAUGGUUCGUGUCGGCGGAGGAUGGAUGGCCCUGGAUGAAUUUUUAGUGAAGAAUGAUCCUUGCAGAGCACGAGGACGGACCAACCUUGAACUCAGAGAGAAAUUCAUCUUGCCGGAGGGAGCCUCCCAGGGAAUGACACCGUUCCGAUCGCGAGGCCGAAGAUCAAAACCAUCCUCCCGGGCAGCCUCCCCAACGCGAUCCAGUUCCAGUGCCAGCCAGAGCAACCACAGCUGCGCCUCCAUGCCAUCCUCUCCCGCAACUCCGGCCAGCGGAGCCAAGGUGACCCCCUCCCCAGGCAGCAAGCUGAAGCGACCCACCUUCCACUCCAGCCGAACCUCCCUGGCUGGGGACACCAGUAACAGCUCCUCACCAGUCUCUACAGGUGCCAAAACCAGUCGGGCAGGUAAGUUGGGUGCAAAGACCAAAAAACUCCUCCUGCUGCUCUUCCUCCUUGGUGGCUUGGAUUGGCAGAGAAAAUAUAAAAUGUUUCGGGAACCCGGCGGCUCGCGCCGGGGGAUGGCCAAGCCCUCCAAAAUCCCAACCAUGUCCAAGAAAACAACCACUGCCACCCCAAAAACUCCAGGCCCUAAAAGAUAAUACUGUACCCACGCCCUCCUGAAAGAAAGAAAACCCAACCUGUGUCCAGUUUUUAACCCUGCUCCGUACAUUGGAUGUAUAUUUAUUCUAAAUGGGAGAAACUAUAUUGUUAAAAGUGUAAAAGAAAGUUGUGUUAUGAAGCUGCCUUAUUUGGGUUUUGGUUUUUUUUUUUUUUGUUUUUCCUUUUUUGUAAGUUACUAUUUUCAUGUGAAUAUUUAUGUAGAUAAAAAUCGCCUCUCGGUGACCCCUGUUUAGAGAGGGGCCUGGAAAACUGAAAUUGUGGGAGAGAAAGAAAAAAGAAAAAAAAAAAAGAAAAAGGAAAAAAAAAAAGGAAAGCAAAAAAAGGUCAAGAUGUGAAAGUGUAAAGAAAAACUAAAAUAUAAAUAGGAUUUCUGCGCGGUGCAGGGUGCGAACCUGCUUUAUCUUUUAGGAUUGUUUCCUAAAUGCAUCUUUAUAAACUUAACUUGCUGUCUCAGCAAGGUAAAUUAUAUUUAAAAACAAAGACCUGAAUCCUGCAGUGUUCAAGGAACUCUCUUUUUGUAACUCACAGAUACCUCAACCAGAGAAACGUGAGGUGAGGGGACUUGGGGCUUCUGUUUCCAUUUUUUUAAAGCUAUGUGGUUUUACCUGAAGAAAGCGGAGUUUAACUUAAUAAAAUUUGCACACACUA